AUGAGUGGAGAAGAUACAUCAUUCGUUAUUGAUGAAGUAUCGAAUAUAAUCAAGGAUACGAUCGAAAGAAUUAUCGGAGGAAAUUCCUAUCAGCACAACAAAGUCAAUCGGUGGACAGCUGAUAUUGUUGAUCAUGUUUUAACCGAGCUGACAAAGUUAGGCAAACCAUUCAAAUACAUUGUACAAGCGGUGAUUAUGCAAAAGAAUGGAGCUGGUUUACAUACGGCUAGCUCAUGCUAUUGGGACAAUACAACUGAUGGUAGUUGCACAUUGGGAAAACAAACAUCUCUACGCGAUCGUUUCCGUCUUUGGUCUAUCGAUUUAAUAAUAUUCGUUAUAGUUUUUAUUUAUCAAUCUAUUCUAUACAUUCAUUCUGUCUGUCUAUUACAUAUGUAUUUAGAAAGAUAA